AUGGUUUCCAUUGUUUGCCGCUGUGCAGGGCUGAGACAUUCACCUGUUGAAUCUUCUUUUCGUUUGACGUUUGCGUGUGCCAUCUUUGCUCCCUGGAAGAAAGCACAAGCCCUCGGAGCUCCAAGGUCAUCGCACGCAAUAUUUGCCAAAAGAGAGGAGUUCAAGCUGUGCAUCACUACGUCAGAAAAAUGGGCCGCGUAUCUACUUUACACUGACGUCGAAGAAAGAUUUGCUGCGCACUCCUCCAUUACUGAAUCGGUCAACCAAGAAGCGAAACCUGCUUUUGAAAUUGUUUUUGCAUUCACCUGCCGGUAG